GUAGCUCUUCAUUCUCCUCGACUGGUAGUAGUGUCUCUGGACCUAAAUCGGAAAAAAUGGUGCUCUUCGCGCUGCAGAUAACGGCCGAGCUCGAAAACCUCACUAAUCUUCAGCCCCAGGGAGGCUGCGAUGAUCCAGAAUUUACCUAUCUCUUCAAGUUGAAAUGUCAGAGCUGUGGUGAGCCGACUCAGAAGGAAACUGCUUUGAGCUUGAGCGAGUCUGUUCCUCUUCCGGUGGGCAAGGGAACCACUAAUCUCAUUCAGAAGUGCAAGUUUUGUGGCAGGGAAGGAACUGUAACAAUGAUGCCUGGUCGUGGUCAACCAUUGACUGAGGAGUUAAGUGAAGCAGGGAAGUUUGCCCCCUUGAUGGUGUUCGAAUGCAGGGGUUAUGAGCCUGCGGAUUAUGUCUUUGGUGGCGGGUGGAAAGUUCAAUCUUUGGCUGGGACAACAUUUGACGAUGUUGACUUGUCAGAGGAGGAGUUUACUGAAUAUGACGAGAAGGGAGAGUGCCCAGUUAUGAUCUCCAAGCCCUCUUCUACUUUUGUUGUGCUGAAGAAUUAGAGCGGAUAAGUAACUUUUAGUACAUGUGGAGCUAGCUGGUCUCUUGUGGAUAAAGACAGAAUCAAAGGAACCUUCAAUGGGUGGAAAAUUUGUUGUAGCAGCUUGGUAACCUUGGCACUUAAAUCGCGUUCAUGGAUGUUUUGAUGUCUCGUGUUCAAAAUGGUUCUGCGGAUAUAUCUCAUUGCAGAACAAUUUGUUGAAGUAGUCUGAGAAUAUGUUGUGUAAUAACUGGUGACUACAUAAUCCUGAAUUGGAAUUUGGGUUCUUUGGUUUUGCACUGGUCUUAUAUUUUGCUAAUAAUUUAAGUUCAACUUA